CCUAUCAGAUUAAAAAAAAUAAUUUUUAACUUCACCCCAAAUAAAUAUGUAAGUUAUACAUAUUGAAUAUUUUACCAAACAAUGUACAUGAUUAUCAAACCCAAUUUGAUUAAUUACAUUUAAGCUUCAGAAGGGAAUGUUCACACAUCACAAUAUCGCAUGUUUGUAUCGGUCUAGCUAAUACAGUUACCCUAAAGUUAAUGUUAGGUUUGUAACAUACCUUAAUUGUUGACCAUAUUAUAUUAUUUUUUUACUAAUUAUUUUAAUAUAAAUUCUAAUUCAAGUCUCAAGAUCAAUAAAUCAACAGUGUACGAAACUAUUAAAAUAUUGUCCGUGAUAUAUCGUCAGGAAUAACACUGAUAAUAAUGAUAUUUAAUGUGGUACCAAUUUACCGAAAAGGCAUUAACACGUACAAUAUUAAAAUGUGAUUAGGUCAAAAUAAUAUUUACAGUCCAUUGCUGCCACGAACUUAGAUACUAGUAUCUUAGUUCAAGAUUGCUGCCUAUCUCGAAAAACCCAAAAAUCGUUUUAUAAUAUAAAAAUAUACAACUAGCCAAAACAAAAACCUGUUUCGGUCGUAAAACGCGUAUUAUCUACAUCCGACGACUGUUACUUUAAUCGUCGAACAAAUAAUUGUUGGGCAGGCAGUCGUAGGUAUUGUAUUUAACAGUCGAACAAUGCUCAAAAGAAGUACAAGCGGGUAAUACGUCCGACGCCUGUUAGAAAUUUAUGUUUAUAAAUGUUAAUAAAUUAUAUGACUAUACGAGUACAGUAGGCAUUAUAGUUUUCUUUUAUAUAUUUUUUUAUAAUAAUUGUUUUAAUAAAAUAUUUUUGUUAACAUGCUCAAGACGUGUUACGGUUUGUGUUCACUGCGCACGGGAGUAAGAUUUGUAGCGUUUUACGAACUGAUUUGUACAAUCCUGUUCUUUUUAAGUGUUCUCGUGUACGAAACAUUUAGUAAAAUUCAUCAACUUCAAGGUGAUGUUGACAUUUAUUAUUUUCUACAGUCGUGCAUAAUAAUAAUUACUCUGUUAAAACUGUUUGCCAGCGUGUCUUUGAUGCAAUCCACGUAUCAGAACGCCCCGUCAAAGAUAUUUUUUUGGAUAGUGAUCGCAUGCAUCGUUUAUCUCACUGCUUUUAUAGUUUCGAUUAAGAUGUACAUCCACAAAAUGCACCGCAAUAGACUCAUCGCCAAAUCCACUAACUCCGGAAACCAGCUGGAAUGCCAUCUUCUCCUGGUUUUUAUUAUAAUCAACUUUCUCUCUAUUGUUGAAAUUCACGUGGUCGCGUCGUAUUACCGACAAGAGAAACAUUUGGAGGAAGUUGAACAAUGUACGAGAACACAUGCCGCAGUAAUAUCGUCACUGAAAACUCGUGGAGACUUGGCAAAUAUGUUCAUCCACGACGUCUCACGGACUCUUCCGAUCAACAGGUAUGCCGCCGAGGUGCAGACAUCGAUUUUCACUUCUUUUAAAGGGUUGCCAGUUUAAUGUGCCUAAAUGAAUCGCUUGUGAGAGAGCGCACUGCAUUUUAUCAUUUACAAGCAAUGAUUUAUCACAUUUUUUAUUUAAGUAUACAUUUUGAUUUUGUUACCAUUAUAGCUAAGUUAUUAAUUAUUAUUAUAUAGAUAAUUUUAAAUGUACCACGUAUGAUUGUAAAAGUACCAUAUUGGACGAUUAAAUAUAGGUAUAAAAUAGAAAAUGAAAAAAAAUUAUGUCACGUGUGGUGGAUAAAAAUUACUAUCAACCUUGGUAACUAUACGUGUCCGUGAACUGAAAAAUAAAUAUAAUUUAAAUUAUGAUA